AUGGCAGGAAUAAAGCGAAAACAAGUUUCUGACACGCCGACCGUCAUUCCGAAUGAGGGCAAAGUAAAGAAGGUCAAGAAAUCUACUCCUUCAGUACCUACGGCAUCCGGCGUACCUGCCAAGUCCAAGCCGUCCACGGGCAAGAACACGAAUUCGACGUCGAAGAAGAGGACGGCCGAGACCAAAGCCCCGGCCCCAGCAUCUGAGAGCGAUUCGGACGUUGAUGAGCUCGAGGAGAGCGACACAAGCGAGCAAGAGAAUGGGUUCUACGGCUUCUCCGCCGCAGGGCAGGGUGCCGCAGAGGAAGACUCAAGUGAGGAUGACGAGGCAGAUGGAGACGGUGAUAUAGAAAUGUCUGAACCUAAGCCUAAGUCCAAGACUGGAGAGACCUCCGAGAAGGCGCGGGAGAAAAAGAGUGACAAUGCUCUGAACCCCACGUCGUCGCGAGAGGCUCAUGCGAAACAGAAAGCCGAGAAGAAAGAGCGCAAGGCUGCAAAGCCCAAUGCCGACAGCAUCGCCCGGGCCAAAAAGUUAUGGGAACGACUACGUAUAAAGUCUGCUGUGGAGCCCGAGGAACGGAAGAAGCUUGUCGAGGAGCUGUUCGACAUUGUAUCUGGCCGCGUCAAGGAGUUUGUCUUCAAGCACGACGCUGUGCGACCUGUUCAAUGCGCGCUCAAGUAUGCGAGCGCAGAACAACGAUUGAUGAUUACAAAAGAGUUGAAGGGCGAUUUCAGACAUUUGGCCGAGAGCAGAUAUGCCAAAUUUUUGAUUGCAAAGCUUCUGUCGGAUGGAGACGACACCAUUCGAGACUUGAUCAUUACAGACUUCUACGGCCAUGUCCGUCGACUGAUAAACCACCCCGAGGCUUCUUGGAUUCUCGACGAUGCGUACCGGGGUGCAGCAACGCGCAAACAGAAGGAUGUGCUGUUACGGGAGUGGUACGGACCAGAUUUUGCGCUGUUCAAGUCUGCGAACAAAGACGACCUCACGUCUAAUCUUUCUAAGAUUCUCGAGAGCGCACCGGAGAAGCGGAAACCUAUCAUGGACUACCUGCAGAAACUCAUCAAUCAGCUCAUCCAGAAGAAGCUGGUCGGCUUCACUAUGCUGCAUGACGCCAUGCUGCAGUACCAUCUGAAUUUGAAGCCGGAGAGUGAGGAAGCUACGGAGUUCUACGAACUCAUCAAGGGCGAUGAAGGGGGCGACUUGAUCAAGAAUCUGUCCUUCACCAAGUCUGGUUCGAGGCUCGUAUGCCACUUGCUGGCGUACAGCGACGCCAAGGGGCGUCGAAACCUGCUCAAGCUCUUCAAGGAUACAGUUGAGGCGCUUGCCUACGACAAGCACGGACAUCACGUUUUGCUCACGGCGUACGAGGUCAUCGACGACACAAAGACGCUGUCUAAAGCGAUAUUUCCAGAGCUCUUCGGGGAUGGGACGAACGAAAGUGCACAGCAAGAUAAGAUUGUCGCAUUGGUCCACGAUCUGACUGGGCGCAAGUCUGUCCUGUCGCUUCUGUCCAACCACGCCAAAUGGCUAUAUGUGCAGGAUGACAAGGACAUGCUUGCGGAAGUCCAAGAGAUUCGCAGCAAGACAUCGAAGAAAGAUCCCGAGAUCCGCAGGAAAGAGCUUGUUGGUUAUCUUUCACCGGCUGUCAUCAACACACUACAGCAUCGCGCCGUUGACCUUUCAGCGACGUCAUAUGGGUUCCAAUUCAUUACAGAGGCGUUGAUGGCCAUCCCAAGCCCCGCAGCUGAAGCUCUUGCGGGCAUAGCCGCAUUGGCAGAGGGUGAUCCAAAAGCUGAGAAUCACAUCAGUCAGUCUGCUGCCGGAGGCCGGAUGCUCAAGACGCUGGUCGGCGAUGGGCGUUUCAAUCCGGAGACGAAGGCUCUCGUUCCGCUCGAAAGUCCCCUAGGUUUCGCAGAUCUCCUGUACGCGCGCAUCAAGGACCACAUCGUGGACUGGGCCACGGGACCCGGGUCUUGGGUCGUGGUAGCAAUGCUAGAGAACGCCAACUUCAGCCACAAGAGUGAGCUUGAAAAGACACUCAGAAAGAACAAGAAGCACCUAGACACCGCCGCGUCGUCGGAGACGGCGGAGCAGAAGGCUCGGCGGGAAGAAAAGGAGAAGAUUGCGCAGGGCGACAAGGGGGCGGCGAAAGGGCAGAAGAAGAAGAAGUUGGUGCAGGCGGAAGUCAAGGUUGGGAAUGCCGGGUCGAAGGCGUUGUUGGAGAAGAUGUAG